GUCAACCAUGGCCUCGUCGCCAUUACUCUCGACGACGCCGGCCCACUCACAUCCACUUUCCAACGACGACCUACCCUCAGGUUCGCGCACGCGUCGUUCUCGCAAUGGUUCAUCGCAACGGCUCGAUGCCCUGAGUCCCUCUACACCUCGUUCUCCAAGCUACCACACCCUCAGAGCAGACUUAGAAGAACGUGCAGAACGGGGGACACGUCACGGAAGAGCGAACUGGGAUGGGAGUGUAAGAGGACAAGGGAGCAAUGGGAAGGGAGGUCGGAACUUACCUUCGCAGUGGGAGCGGGAAAGCAAGCCGCGUCCUGCGCCUUUGUUUGUGGUGGGCUCUUCCAAAGACUUGGGACCUUCUAUAGACUUGGAAGUGGAACAAGUCGAGGCUGAGAAUGCCGACUUCUCUGCGGAAAUAACUGGUCGUAUCGUAUCUACUCGCUGGCAAGAGUACUCAGACGAAGCUAUUCAAUCCGCCAUCUCUGGGUUCAGUGUCUCCGACUCUCCGGCCUCUGUAUCAUCACAUCCAUAUCACUCUGUCAUUCGCAUUCUUUCCUCUGCAUAUCAUAACUUGGCGAAGGCACGUAGGCAGCUAGAGGAAAACCGGAACUUGCUGCUGGAGAAGGAGGCCGAACGGAAGGCGCGUGCGGAGGUGCUUUUGAAGGAGUUACAGCCUUCGGAGCAGGAGAUAGCGAGGCGGGUCCUCCAAUCUCUAUUCACGGACGAUGACGAGGGUGGUCACAGGAUACAGAGGAAACAAAGCCAUAUGUCUCUCUCUGAGACGCUUUCCGAGGCUAUAGCAGACGAAGUCCCAUUGUCACGCUCGGUACCAGACGAGCCUCAUACGCCUGUUAUGGCUGAGCGUAUCACUGUCACUCCCCCGACCGCCACCACGGAAGAGAUGCCAACGGACGAGGACGCCAGUGACGCUCGUUCCAUCGCUGCUUCUAGUCUAACAGCACCGAGUAUCGACACUCAGGCCAGUACGAGAUCAGACCGCUCGUCAGUGAGUGACUGGAUGGGUACUUGGUGGGGCAAGGGCAAAUCCAAGGGUCGACCACUUUCCAUUCCACCUGCGGCUCCCAAUGGCAAGGAGGAAUCUACACCGGUUUCCGAACCCGACGCUCCAUCUACGUCUCUGACCACGCCACGUCAUUCGCGGAAGAACAAGAGCGUUUUCGGUACGCUUGGUUUCUCGAUCCUCAACCCUGGGGUGCCUAGCACAAGUAGACGAAAACGAAACGCGUCCAUGUCUGACGCAUCAGUCAUCGGUGCUCCUCCACCAUCCGAUGCUACAGAAUCCAUACGCGCACCACCGUCGGCUCUUUCACCUGUCGCUGGCACAUUCAGUCUUCCUACAGCCGCUGCUCCUAGUCUUACCACUGAACUCCAACGCUCAGGCGCCAAUACACCAACACCUUCGUUUUCGUCCCCGUUUUAUACUCCAGGAGAGAAACCACCGCAAGGAUCCGCACUGCGUGCUAUAGUCAACGCCACACGGAUCAUGACCUCCGACGCUAAUAGCGUUCUCGCCGAUGGCGGUCAGGAUACCAGCCCUUUUAUCGCUGGGCUCGCAUUUGCACUUGUUCAGCAUGCACGAGAGAUCAAGCUGGAAAUCCGGAACCCACCUAAGGAGAAGAAACAGAAAAAGAUGGAGACUCCGGAUCCUGGAAAGCCGAAAGCUACACUCACUACAACCAACGGCGUCAGCGUGACUACCAAUCUCCAGCGCGCUCUCAGCGGUGAGGUCGAGAAGGUACAGAAGAGUUCCAGAUCUGGCAAAGGUCGCAUGCCGUCCUUUGCGACUCAGGGAUUCGCAGCUGCAGCUGCCGCCGCCUCUGCCGCCUCAUCGCCGUUAUUUGGAUCGUUCAUGCCACAACAAUCGAAGCGACCGAUAAUCUCAACCGAUACUGCUAAGCCUUCCACGUCCAUGGCCUCAGCGGAUGCGUCGAACCAAAACGCUCAAACGGGCCCGCAGUCAGCACCUCCGGGAGCUCCAUCUGUUCCUCUGGAAUCCAUUAUCCCCGUCAACGCUAAACCUCCGACAGAGUACCUCUCCCGCACAUACACUUCUCUCAUUGCACGCGACUUCAAACCUUCCAUCCCUCUUCCCAAUGCCGCAUCUCGGCUCACCGUCUAUCACGAUGACAAAGAGCCCCUUACAGAUCGCUUCGGAUUCAUGUACGACGUCUCGACGUACGACCUCCUACUCUUGGUCCGGGCGAAAGAAUGCAAAAGUACGGCGCCAGCUUGUUUGACCGGGGUGAAGAUCGCAGAUAGGAAGGAAGACAACGAGUGGUCUGAUGACGAGGACGGGGACCCGAGGGACGAAAUCGAGGUGGUGAAAGAGGCUUGCGAGUGCGACGGAGAGUUGUUGGACGAUUCGAAAAGCCUCAGCGAACGUAGCAGGCCCUCUGUGAGGAGCAUGGCCGUCGACGCUGAAUCGCCCGCACAGUCGCAGAGCUCACGAGCCGUCUCGCCGUCUUCGACACGUACGGGGGCGUCUAAUAGGAAGCGGAGGUCGAUCGGUGGCGCGCCACAACAACCACAACAUCCUCCCCAAUCCUCUAAUGUACAUCGGUCGAAAACUUCGAUUUUGGCCGUCGAUGUGGAUACGCCGAGACACGUGUGUGCGAAUGUGGUGAGGAAGUAUUUGCGCGAGCUUACGGAGAUACACGAUCAGCGACAGACGAUACAACGGAAGGAAUGGGACGCGUUCGUUAAGCAGAGGAGAAAGGCUAAGGCCACGGGCGGUACGAAACCGUCCAACACGUCUACCAUCGCCGGCGGUGCAGCAGCCAUCCUAGGCCUCGGAACGACCCUCACAGAAGACGAACUCUCACACAGCGAAGGACUCAUCGGUUUCGCUCAGCUUGGACUGUCGAGCAAUCGCGACGAGAGACGCGAGCUCGACAGGCUCGUCAAGUCGGGGAUCCCGUUGGUUUAUAGAUCGAAGUUGUGGUUUGAGUGUAGUGGAGCGUUGGAGAUGAGGGAGCCAGGCUUAUUUAGGGAUUUAUUGGAGGAGGUGGACGGGGACGAUGGGAGUGUGGUAAGGGAAAUUGAGAAGGAUGUGGGGAGGACGAUGCCGCUAAAUAUGUUCUUUGGAGGGGAUGGUGUGGGAGUGGAUAAGCUGAGGAGGGUGUUGAUUGCGUAUAGCCGACGCAACCCCGCCGUAGGUUAUUGCCAAGGCAUGAACCUCGUCGCUUCGACCCUUCUUCUCGUCCACGCGGACGAAGAGGAAGCCUUCUGGGUCCUCGCAGCCAUCAUAGAGCGUAUCCUCCCAGAAGACUUCUUCUCACCCUCCCUGCUCCCUUCACGCGCAUGUCCGCUCGUCCUGCUCGAUUACGUCAGGGAGUACACACCGAAACUCUUCCACCAUCUGAACGACCUCGGGAUUGACCUUCCCGCGAUCUGUUUCUCCUGGUUCUUGUCAUUGUUUACUGAUUGUCUACCUGUCGAGACUUUGUUCAGGGUCUGGGACGUCUUCCUCGUCGAUGGCCUAGACGUCCUCUUCCGCAUCGCGCUCAGCAUUCUCAGGAGCAACGAGCAAGAGCUAUUGAAAUGCGAGUCCAUCCCUGCUGCUUAUGUCGCUCUGGAAUCACUGCCUACGCGGAUGUGGCAGCCGGAUAAACUCCUCCAGCUUGAAGCUGAUCUCCGAUCAUCCCUCGUCCAUGCCGAUAUCGUGAAGAAGAGGACGCAGCGCGUGGCGGAGUUGCAGGAGGUCAUAACUUGACUACCCUAAUUCUCCUUUGGGUGUGUUGGGCAGGGGUGAAGAGUGUUAUAUGUCGCUUUGUGAUUGCUUUUUGUGUUCGGGCUCGGGUUUACUUUUCGUUCUUUCUUGUUCUUGUUCUGGUACUGGUCCUGGGUUUCAGUUUCUUUUCUGGGAGAAUAAACACUCUAUAGUAUUGGGUUUACUUACUAGUAAUAUUAUUGCGGACACGUAUAUACAUACAUGCAUAGCCGCCUUUGUUCAAGCAUUACUUACUAUUCACGAAUCAUGGACUCUGGAUGCGUUACAUAGACUGACAGUCGGAGUGGGGUGGUGUGUACUAUCAGUACUGGUGUGGUCUGUUUAUUACAUUACAUGGCGUAUUGAACGGAUAGAGCAUUUGGACAUUCAAAGGGUUAGAUAUUGGUACCAGGUUCUGGAUGUCGAGUGCGAUAGAUCACUCCAAACAUAGAUCUUCGACUCAACCUCCACUCAUCAUUUCAGUCUUCGUCAAGAACAGCUCGACUCCUCCCGCUUCCCUCCGAAGCCAAAGUCCGUCAGAUCAGACAAGCACUCGAUACUCAAUACUCAAUCAUCAUCCUCGAUCAUAUUAUAAUCCUCGUCCUCAUCAACGUCUCCGAGAUGAUACUCAUUCCCCGGGUUAGACGUAUCGGAUCCUGCCGGGCCCUCGUCGCUGCCCUCGAAGAUAGUACUACUACCAGCUGAGGCUGAUUGUUGUCCCCACUUCACCGCCAGGAGCAUCUGCUGCGUUUUGGCGUUGAUAGUGCGAUAUUGGCGUUUCCAAGCACGCACGUCCAUGUCACCGAUAUUAGAGUUAGCCAUCGAGCUCGGGCUCUGGUUCAAGUUCUGCACGCCCUUAAGCCUCGUACCCAUGAACUCAACAUUCCUGCCUAACCGACCACCACUUAUAGAUCCUUUGAGUACACGAUCAUGAUUCGCGGCGGUACUGUUCCUUUCUGAACCGAGGAAAGUAAGACGAGCGACGUGGUCUGAGCCGAAUGAGAGAUGCUGAGAGCCAUUGUG